AUGAUUUGGUCUCCCCACCCGGCCUCGAGUUGGGUUUCAUCCGUUUCUCAUACCUACUUUGAGGAGGACGUGCAACCCCCUGCUGUCAAUGUCGAUCCCGGGGAACCGUCUGCCCCUGACGCACUUGCAGUCUUCUUGCACGUCACACAUAUGAUGCAGGAAUAUUAUAAUAAGCGCGAAUCGCUUUUGACAGCACGAUUUUACGACGAACGAUUGACUCUGCUACCUCUUCUUGGGAAAAGGGUCUAUCCCGCUCCUUGUGAACCCUCGAAAUACGAUGACGACUACGAUGUCACCAUGCUACCAGAAGGCUCAGAAUUCCAUACGUGUUACGGGCGUUUGUUCUGGAGAUUCGGCGCUGCUCUGCAGUCGGACGUGGGAUCUUCUGUGACACCGAUAAACGGUCAUUUUAACGAUCGGUACUCUGUUUUGGGGAUGAUCAACAUUUUUAACGCGCUCCUCAUUCGUGCUACCGAACUUUCUCUUGCAAACUGCGGAGUAGAGGUAUAUCACAAUCUCAUAAUGGGGAUGGAUUCAAGAAGUGAGGUGCAUGUUACACUAGAGAAAUGCUGUGGGACGCUGAGAAAAUUCGAAACACUGCUGCCAAGAGUUAUUCGGUCUCUUUCGAAGAAAGUCGCAAUGUACGACCUCAUGACGGGAAGGCUCUAA